UCACUUCCGCUCAAAGUGAGAAGAGCGCGGGGUUCAAAAAUGUGAACGACAUUACACAGAUUUUGCUCUUUCUUACGAUGGCGGUUCUUCCGAUCUUUUUAUUCUUUAACUUUGUGAUUUGUCUGAUUACCUGCACGACCCCGGACAAGGAACAGACAAGCAACUCGUGUUUCACUGCAAGAGCGUCUGUUAACAUUAUGCAACAUCGAAAGAAAGCGUUUGAUGAGUACCAAGAAGUGGGGAAAGUGUUGAUCAGUGUCAUUCCUACCAAAUUUGAGGAUAUCCACACUUAUGUGAGGAAACUAUAUUUCAGGAGUUUUGGCGAGACGUUUCAUCUUAUUCUAAGGAGAUAUUCAAUAUUUCAUAGAGACAUGCAGUUGCUGGCGGGUAGCGAGCAACCAAUAGAAGUAAAUGCCAUGAAGAAUUACUUGCCGAUAAUAUAUGUAGGCCUAUCUUCACAUGCUGACACUUCCCCAGCAUAUAUAUCACUUGGAAAACUUGUUGGCAAGGAAUUUGAAUUAUUCAUUCACACAGGAAAUAUGUCUUACUCUCUCGAGUGUUAUCUUAAAGACAAUGACAAUAUCUUGUAUUCUACAUAUGGAUUUAUGCAACAUACUAUGGAUAAAUGUCGCGUUUAUCGAUGGCACAACCCUAAAAUGUCCAAGGUUAUGAGAGGAGUUGACAGUUGUGACUUGAAAUCAAGAAAGUUUAAAGAUUUUAGGUACAAGACUAUGCCAGAAAACACAGAGUAUGCCCCACAAAAGGGUCUGCAUGGCGGACAGGCUGAAAGAAGUUCAACACCUCCAACAGGAAACUGUGUAAUUAAGCUUGUGGCGGAUCACCUGUACUUCAAACAUGUUGGUAAAGGUGACGUCAGAAAAACCAUUGCAGAAAUGGCUGUGAGUUUGGCUGAGGCUGACAUGAUGUUUCGGCAGACUGACUUUGAUGGUGAUGGAGUUGGGGACAAUAUAGGCUUCAAAGUAGGAAAUAUCACUAUUUACAAAGAAUACCAGGAGUACAGCUUGAAGGAUGAAAAUAUGGAUGUGUACACCUACCUGGACAGAUUCUCUGAAUAUGACUUCAGUGAUUAUUGUUUAGGAGUGGCGUAUACUUACAGAGACUUUGAGGAUAAUAUUGUAGGACUUGCAUGGAUUGGUAGUUCCAAUGCAAAUGGAGCUGCAGGUGGAAUAUGCCAAAGAAGAAUUUGGUAUCGACCUGACAAGAAAUACUAUAGCUUUAACACAGCACUGGUCACACAACUUAAUAAUGGCAAUAUGAUUUCGUCUUACUCAGCAGGUUUGAUCCUUGCUCAUGAAUUUGGACAUAGUUUUGGCAGCAGCCAUGAUCCUAAAGGAAAUUCAUCUUGUUCCCCUGGUGGUCAUUUUGGCAACUACUUAAUGUACCCCUACACAAGUGAUGGUAAUCUGGCCAACCAUCGACGCUUGUCUUUCUGCAGCAUCAACAGCAUUUUCCCUGUGCUGGUGAAGAAGAGCGUGGGUUGUUUCAAGGCCGAUUUGGGUCCAGUUUGUGGCAACUCCCUUGUAGAGGACUCGGAGGAGUGUGACUGUGGAGUGUCGGAUGAUGUUUGUCAGGACAUUGAUCCAUGCUGUACUCCCCAGCACCCUUCCAUCUCCACAUCUGACCCCCCCUGCAGAGUGCGGAACUCCUGGGGCUAUCAGUGUUCCCCCAAGGUCUCUCCCUGCUGCACCGCAAACUGCAAGUAUGUCAGUUCCCAGGGUAGCACUGUGUGUCAACAUGCCACGGAGUGUCAACUGGCCGCCACUUGUCAGCCUGGAAAUGGUACCUGCCCGUCCCCGACACAUCAGCCCGAUGGAACGCUGUGCGACGCAGGACGGAGGCUGUGCAGGGGAGGGAGAUGCCAGGACAGCGUGUGUGUGUCUCUCGGUCUCCAGGAAUGUCAAUGUUCCAGAUCAUUGCGAGAUGCGUGCUUCGUCUGCUGCAUCGCAACCAACAUCAGCAGCUGCGACUGCUCCCCCAUCAGCACCUAUCAGAGUGACAAAACUCACCUAUUUCGGCAUAAAGGUGAUCCGUGUUUUAAAUAUGAAGGAUUCUGUGAUGAAGCUGGUCAGUGCAUUCUGAGUAGUAGGAGUAUCUAUGAUGACCUUAAUAAACUGUUUGCUGAGGAAACUGUAGUAAAUGUUGGCAUCUGGUUCGGUAAAUAUUGGUAUUACAUAAUCAUGGGCAUUCUCAUAGCUACAGCUCUUGCAGUCAUUGUAUCACUGUUUUUCAAACAGAAACCAGAUGAACACACCGAGGCAAUGAGAAUUGGCAAACUAACAUCUGCACUGGCUCAUGUAGAGCAAAUGAAAACCAUGUUCGAAGAAAAGCUGGAGGACUGUGAAGAAAUAUUUGAGAGUGUAUCUAGUCAGUUGCCAUGGCAGCAGAUGUCUCUGACGGAGGCUGUUGCCAGGCUGACGGUAUUAUUCCCUACAGCCCCACUCUCCCUACUCAUCAAGACAGCCAAGUCCAGCUCCUCAGAAGAUUUUGCUGUCAAAAUGUUGCUUGUGAGGAAUUUCCCUGUGCAAAGGUUUAGUGUAACUUGGCCUUCAGAGGAGGCCAAAUCUCUCACAUUGAUCAGGUCAAAACAUGCAGUGUCUGCCUGAAAGAUUACCUUCUUAAAAGCAAAACAACACUGUAGUUCUCAGGGGUUUCCGAGUAACUAUUCAGAGUUGGGGCCUGGAGGAGGAAGCAGUGUAAGGAGGGCCCUGAUCCAGCAUUCUUGGUGCUACAUCAGGGACGUAAUGCGAAGAUGACUUUGUGCAAGGUCACUCAUGAAGAAGACAUGACACACUGGAAUGGCAAAAAUGUGUAUAAUUUCUGCAGAGCAUUGGAUGGAUAAACGAUUGGUUCAGAUGACGAGUUAAAUGGAAUAUUGGCAUGAAUGUGGUUUGUUCCUGUGCUAGCCAUGGCUGUGUCUUAGUUCAGAAAUUUGUUUGGUAUUGUGUUGUUUGUUUUGUAAAUCAUAAACUAAAUGUCUCAACUCCUUGUAUCAAGAAUGUCAGUGACAUGGUCAAGUCCCCAGUCCCAAAAGCGCAUGGCUAGACCUCAGUAUCCUGGAUACCUGCUGCCAUUUUGAUGAGGGAUGGGUGCAAGCUCCUGCCUUAGUAGAGUUUUUUUUAAAGUUGGUCAGCUGCCACUUGUAGCCGUUCCACUUAAUUGAUGCUGGACUUGCCUCCAAAACAAGUCCACGUAAUAAAAGCUUUCAAAAGUAUUAAAAUGUUAUUUUGAGUUAACAAAGUUACUGACUAUGUUUGUUGAAAUGUGACUGAUGCAUGUUACUAUUAUAGAAAUCAUAUUCUUU